GGUGACCCAAUUCCCGUUUAGAGAGGUCACAUCUAGGUCCAUAUACUCUUCGGUCCAGUCGAGAAAGCUGCCUUAUCGAACACAUUUCCAAAUCGGUAAACUAUUCAAGACAAAAAAAUUAAUGUUGUUGAAACAAUUACUACUGUUAUUUCAGCAUCUCUUUGAUAAUCAACGACAGAACUGUUUUGAUCUGUGCUGUGACGUCAUGUACUGAGAACAACUGACGAAGGCCGAUCGAGUCAUAUGACCGAACAUCAAGAAGUGGGUUGGGACAGCACGGUACAUCGAGCUGUGGCAUAGGAAAGAUUGUUAGAUAGUAAAAUAUUUCCUUUAAUUUUCUAAAAUGAGAGGUUGCCUGUUCAACAUCGAUACAGGAUACAUCGAGGGCCUGUGCAGAGGAUUUAAAAUAGGGAUAUUAAAACAAAACGACUACUUGAAUUUGGUUCAGUGUGAAACACUUGAUGAUUUGAAACUUCAUCUUCAAAGUACAGAUUAUGGCAAUUUUCUGGCAAACGAGCCCAGUCCCUUACAGGUGUCAGUUAUUGAUGACAAACUCAGGGAGAAGCUUGUUAUCGAGUUUCAGCAUUUGAGAAAUCAUGCAGUAGAGCCCUGUUCAACAUUCCUUGAUUUCAUAACGUACAGCUACAUGAUUGAUAAUAUAAUUCUUCUUAUUACUGGGACGCUUCACCAACGUCCUAUUUCGGAAUUGAUUCCAAAAUGUCAUCCUUUGGGAAGUUUUGAGCAGAUGGAAGCAAUUCAUGUUGCUGCGACGCCUGCUGAGCUGUAUAAUGCUGUACUAGUUGAUACUCCAUUAGCUCCCUUUUUUGUGGACUGCAUAAGUGAACAAGAUCUUGAUGAAAUGAAUAUUGAAAUCAUUCGGAACACUUUGUAUAAAGCUUAUCUGGAAGCUUUUUAUGAUUUCUGCAAGGAACUUGGAGGAGUGACAGCUGAAGUGAUGUGCGAGAUUUUAGCUUUUGAAGCUGAUCGGCGGGCUCUAAUUAUUACAAUCAACUCGUUUGGAACUGAAUUAACUAAAGAUGAUCGUGCAAAACUGUACCCUCGUCGAGGCAAAUUAAAUCCAGAUGGUUUGGCUGCAUUGGCACGUGCUGAUGAUUACGAACAAGUGAGAGCUGUUGCAGAGUAUUACACAGAAUACGCAGCUUUAUUUGAAGGUGCAGGGACUAACCCUGGGGAAAAAACACUCGAGGACAAAUUCUUUGAGUACGAGGUGCGCUUAAAUGUGAAUGCAUUCCUACAACAAUUUCAUUACGGAGUGUUCUAUGCAUACUUGAAACUAAAAGAACAAGAAUGUCGAAAUAUCGUCUGGAUUGCAGAAUGUGUUGCCCAGAAGCAUAGAGCAAAAAUUGACAACUACAUUCCUAUUUUUUAGAUUAUUAUAGAUAUGAGAUUACCAGUAUUAAUCAUUGGGUAGGGACAUUGUAGUGUAAAUUUCUUGUAUUAUUGUGUGAUGUACAUUUCUGUUCUGUGUUUGGUAAUAAUAAAUGUGAGAAAUGUAAAUUGUGUACAUUGUAAAUUGUUAAUAAUAUUAUCGUCUUUAUAGAUCAUACGUGUAGCAUUCUCCAUGUAGGUGUUGGUUAAUAAGACAAAUGUUACUAAUUUGUGAAGGACGACUUACACUGCAGUGAAGAAAUGUAUUUUCUACAGAACCUACUUAUUUGUAAAAAUUGUUCUCAUCUUCCCUUAACUGAUUCUUUUCUUUUUAUUUUUUAUCAUUAUCAUAUGGCUAGUAAGUGUGUGUUAAUGUUUAAAAUUGAACAGGAGUGUUUGUUCACCUCAGAUCCAGAUAUAGUACAUCUGGUAUUGCUGUUAUAUCAAAUAAUCACAAAUGCUAUUAUGUAUUAAGCACCAUUAGUGGAUUUGCAAAUAACUUGAUCUGACAUGGUUUUUUGCUAUUCAGUGGUGUAACAUUCUGAAGAACAGUGAAGUUGCAGAGAAGCGAUAUUAUUAGAGAUGGUAUUAGAAGGUUCACAUUAUUAUAAGAUUUCCUUUUUUGUAAAAACUUUAUUCUAAAUUGUCUAUCAGUUCACAUCACAAUAUGAUCACAACUGAAAAGGCACAAAUGUAUGUAAAAUCCCAUUUUCUGGGCUAAUAAUUUCAACAUGUAUAUAUAAACCUUUAAAUAAACUUCAUUGAUUUAA